ACCAACAUCAAGCACAACAGCUGCACCAACAAGCACAGCAGCUGCAACAACAAGCACAACAGCUGCACCUUCAGAUCCAUUUCUGACUGCGUGUCUGGCCAGGCACAAUCAGGUGAGAGCCCUCCACACAGACACCCCGUCAAUGACUUGGAGCACAUUAGCUGCUACAACAUCACAAGCCUGGGCAGAUGAUCUGGCAGCAAGACAGGUAUUCGAACACAGUAAUUCAAGUAACCCAGCAUUCAGAACAGGUGGGGAAAACUUGUACUUAAGUGGCACAACAGGCACUCCAACAGAUUUCCCAGCUCAAUGUACAAGUGGGACACAAGCCUGGUAUGAUGAGAUAUCGGACUAUGACUAUGCUAACCCAGGAUUCAGCUCUGCAACGGGUCACUUUACUCAGGUAGUUUGGCAGAACUCUAUACAGGUCGGAUGUGGAAGUUCAAGAUACACAAACUCUGGUGGCUUCAUAAUAACAUUGAUAGUUUGCCAGUAUACACCUGCAGGGAACUUCCUGGGACAGUUUGCUGACCAAGUUAAACCUCUAGCAUAAACCAUGGACCAUAUACUUGAAAUCAGUACAUGGAUGAAAUGGAAGACAAGUACAAUGAAAGAAGGACAGUUGAAGUAUCUCGCUAGAGAAACAAUGUUCGCUAAACAAUUCUUUCUGAAAGGAAUAUUCUAACCAACCAUUUUCUGUCUAUAAUGAUAAAAAGAUAUUUUUCUAGUCACUGUCCAAUCCUCUGAGACAAACGCUGGUAGAAAUAUGAAAAUAUUAACUUUGGACAUCAACGGUUAAUACUUCACUGCUCGUUUUUUUUAUUAACAAUGAUCAGUGGAAAUAUUUAAAUUGACAUAGCGCAAGCAUAAACCCUAUAUUAAGUAAACUAUUUGAGGUGGGAAUAAAUGGAACUGGCAAUAUAAUAUUUCAACUUCUUAUAUAUAACUGAACAUAACAUCUUUUGAUUAAACUAUACUGGAACUUAGACAUUGUUAAUCAUAGAGAGAUGAUGUUAGGUAGGUAUAUUUCUUUUACAGAAAUUCUGGAAAAUCAUAUGAUUUAUAAACAAAGCAGAUAUUUUUCUUUUUACUCUCGUAGUUUUUGAUGUAAUUUAGAUCUUGAAACACAUCUGUUUUUUCAAUUUGCUAAAGUGGCAGGUCCCUUUUCUAAAAUCGAAAAAACAGAUAAUUUUUGUAAAUAUUAUUUCAUCUUUACACUACAUUUUCCUUAUUCAGAAUAUUAUUAUUGGAUCAUCUUUUUCACAUUUUCUUUGUUUUUAAAAUUGAAAUAUUGUUAAAUAAAAGUAAUUGUUUCAAAUUCAAC